AUGUUCCUUCUACUGACCAUACUUCAAGCCUUGGCUAUAGCCAUAGCCCAGAGCCAAGGAGAUCAUAAAAUUAUUGGUGGCUACACAUGUGUCCAGAACUCCCAGCCCUGGCAGGUGGCUCUGCAAGCAGGGAGCAUGCGUCGCUUCAUAUGUGGAGGGGUCCUGCUGUCAGACCAGUGGGUCAUCACUGCUGCUCACUGUGCCCGCCCGAUUCUUCAUGCACUCCUGGGCAAGCACAACCUAAGGAGGUGGGAAGCAUCUCAGCAGGUGCUGCGUGUGGUUCGCCAGGUGAUACAUCCCCAGUAUCAACCCGGAGCCCAUAACAAUGACUUGAUGCUGCUGAAGCUGCAGAGGAGAGCGCGUAUGGGACACGCAGUGAGGACCAUUCCUGUGGCCAGCUCCUGUGCCAGUCCAGGGACUCCCUGCCGAGUGUCAGGCUGGGGAACCACAGCCAGCCCCAUUGCCAGAUACCCCACAGCUCUGCAAUGUGUAGAAGUCAACAUCAUGUCGGAGCAAGUAUGCCAUCGAGCCUACCCUGGAACCAUCACCUCCGGCAUGGUCUGUGCUGGGGUGCCUGAAGGCGGGAAAGACUCCUGUCAGGGUGAUUCUGGGGGACCCCUGGUGUGUGGGGGACAGCUCCAGGGCCUCGUUUCCUGGGGAAUGGAGCGUUGUGCUUUGCCUGGCUACCCGGGAGUCUACACCAACCUGUGCAAUUACCGAACCUGGAUACAGAGGACGAUGCAAAGCAACUGA